UGUAGACACAACAAGUUCGUUACAUUAGUUUCCUGCUUCCUCGUCAAGCAUUAAACACACACUACAGAGAGAGAUAGAGAGAGAGAGGGAGAGAGAUUACUAGGGAGAGAGAGAUUAAUAAACAGUUCUACCUGAAUUCACGUCUAUCCAUCGAAGCACACACAGGUGGAGUUAAAGAUUUGUGUAUAUAUUGAGAGGGUCUAAGAGAUAUAUAGCUUGAGGGGAAGAAGGGAUUCGAAGAGGGAGGUACUGGGAUGGGGAGCACGAAAACUGUGGGCUCGACGACACAGGUGCAUCGUCGUGAUCCUUAUGAGGUGCUGAAUGUGUCGAAGGAUGCCUCGGAGCAGGAUAUUAAGACUGCGUAUAGGAAGCUUGCGCUAAAGUAUCAUCCUGACAAGAACGUCGAUAAUCCUGAAGCUGCAGGACUUUUUCAGGAGGUUGCCUAUUCUUACAGUAUUUUAUCUGAUGCAGAGAAAAGAAGGCAAUACGAUAAUGCUGGAUUCCAGGCUAUUGAUGCUGAAGGCCUGGAGAUGGAAGUUGAUCUAUCUAAUCUUGGAACUGUAAAUACUAUGUUUGCAGCAUUAUUCAGCAAGCUGGGUGUUCCUAUUAAAACCACCAUUUCUGCUAAUGUUCUCGAGGAAGCAUUGAAUGGAACUGUUACAGUCAGACCUCUUCCGGUUGGAACAUCAGUUAGUGGAAAGGUAGAAAAGCAAUGUGCCCACUUUUUUGGUGUGACAAUUAAUGGGGAACAAGCUGCGGCAGGGAUUGUUGUCAGAGUUACUUCUGCUGCACAAAGCAAAUUCAAGCUUCUUUAUUUUGAGCAAGAAGUCAGUGGAGGUUACGGAUUGGCAUUACAGGAAGAUAGUGAUAAGGCUGGCAAAGUGACUUCUGCUGGGAUGUAUUUCUUACAUUUUCAAGUGUACAGGAUGGAUUCAACUGUCAAUGCGUUGGCAAUGGCCAAGGAUCCUGAAGCUGCUUUUUUUAAAAGGUUGGAAGGCCUGCAACCUUGUGAGGUCUCUGAACUAAAAGCUGGCACCCACGUGUUUGCAGUUUACGGAGAUAAUUUCUUUAAAACUGCUUCCUACACAAUCGAAGCUCUGUGUACAAAGUCAUAUGAGGAUACAACAAAUAAGCUCAAAGAUAUUGAAGCUCAGAUCUUAAGUAAGAGAAAUGAGCUGCGCCAAUUUGAGACGGAAUACAGAAAGGCAUUGGCACGGUAUCAGGAAGUGACUAAGAGAUAUAGCCAGGAGAAGCAAACUGUUGAAGAGCUACUGAAACAACGAGACGGCAUACAUUCUACAUUCACCAUAAGUAAGCCGCCCAGUCAAACUAGUGCAGAUACAGCCAGUGUUAGCAACGGAAGUAGUAGCAAAAUACCUGCUGAAAAUUGUAAAGGGGAGAGCCCCAGGGAAGAUGGUAGCUCUGAUGGGAAAGAUAAGUCUAGCAAGAAGAGAUGGUUAAACUUCAACCUAAAAGGUUCCGCAGAUAAAAAAAGUGGUUGAAAAGAAAUUGGUUGCGGAUAGUCUUGUAUUCCUGGAGGACUGGAACUCUCCAUUCUUUGGCUUGAUGCGAUAUAUUUGCUGCCAGAGCGCUCGGAUUCUGUUCCUUGUCAUCCAUUCCCCGCCUUUGGGAUUUUUUGCUCAGGCUUGUCAUCAAUCGUUGUUAUUAUCAAUUCAUGUGAAGUAUGGGAAAAUUGAAAUAUACAGAUUUCCCCCUUUUUCUGUUUUUAAUUAUUUUUAUUGAAUGAAUAUUUAUCCUCCUUGCGGGAAUUUACAUGGUAAAUAAAAAUUGAUAUGGUCAAAAUGGAGAAGUUAUAUAA